GUCGCGGAUUCGUGUGCUUGUUAACCCCCGACAUCAUCUUGCGGCCGAUACCGCUGCGACUUGCACUUCCCUCUGUCCUUUCCUUUGAGUUCUAUCGCGCAGUCUUCGCCCCGCUAAUUUCCGAUCCCCAAAUGCUAUCCUCGAUGACCGUGAUCAACCGCCCGUGUCAUGGAUAGCACGCAGUGAGUUGGGUAACCCCUCAGUGACGGCCUAUCUGGAAUGCGUCUCAUUGCGGUAGCUUCUAAACGUUCCGAUUUGGUGGACUCUGCUUCUCUCGGGUCAAUGGAGUCUGCUUGGUGCUGAGCUGUGCCGGAUCUGCAGUUAUGGCUUCGGCGGGCAAGGCCAACUUUGACGAUUCCAGACGAACCACCGGGUCGCCGAAGCUGAAAGGUCGUGAAAAUGCGAAAGACACCCUGUGCCGUAACGUGACAAUUUACGGCCGAUGUCGAUAUGAAGAUAAAGGUUGCGCAUUUAACCAUGACCCGCACCGGGGUAACGCCCCGCACAGCACUGAAAGCAAGAAACGACUCAAUGUCGACUCGCCUAGCUUUACCCCUUCGCUUUUGAAUGGCUCAGCGGGACCCAAAAAGCCCGCAGCCACAACUACCAUUUCCCCAAAGGCUGCCAGCGCAGCUCCGUUUCUUCCCAAAGGCAUAAUCUCACGAUCGAAUGCCUCUACACCUCCUGUUCUCCAAGAUACUUCUACUCCGGAAUGGAUUGUCGCAGAUAUCCCAGAUUUUGUACCGCAAGGAUUCGAUACAGGACAAGUGGACACUUUACAGGGCAACGGCAAUGGAGGAAUACCAGCAGGCGCUUUCGAUCCCUACAUCGGACCUUCCACCGCCCAAUUAACAACUCAGAGUGCAGUGGGCCCUCAAGUUACGCCAAACCCAUACGCCCACGAUCCCACUGCUUUAGGCGCAGCAGCGUACUUCGGACCCCAAAACACGUUUCAACAACCGGUUCAAUACCAUCUCUACGCACCCAUCGGGCCACAUAACUCAAAUAUAUUAGGCUACCAAAGGAAUGUCCAUGAUUUGUUCCUCCCAAACGAUUUCCGGGAGGAAUUACAAAAGAAGGCAGCGGCUACACUACAGACUCUUCCCAACUCUCAACUUCCGACACAAUUAGACCAUUUUCACUCCUUGGUGCCUCUCGAUCUUUCCUACCAGAAAAAUGCGGCGAUUUUUGGCUACCCUAGUUGGGUAUAUAAGGCUCAAUCGAGUAAAGAUGGCAACUUCUACGCUCUAAGGAGACUCGAAGGUUUCCGUUUGACCAGCGAAAAGGCCAUUCGAUCAGUCCAAAAUUGGAAACGAGUAUGCAACGGCAGCGUAGUCACAGUCCAUGACGCUUUUACAACCCGUUGCUUCCAGGACAGCUCCCUUAUAAUUGUCACUGACUACCACCCUUUGUCAAAAACGUUGGCGGAACACCACCUUGGUGGUCCCAGCCGAUAUCAGGCUCGCCAAACCGGAACACAUAUCCCCGAGCAAAUCCUAUGGAGCUAUGUAACUCAAAUUGCAUCUGCCUUGAAGGCAAUUCAUAGCGUAGGGUUGGCAGCACGAGUGAUCGAUCCUAGUAAAAUUUUGCUGACAGGGAAAAAUCGCAUCCGGCUUAAUGCGUGUGCAAUUCUGGACGUUGUACAACAUGACUCCCAACGGUCGAUCACAGACCUCCAAAGUCAAGACCUAGUAAAUUUUGGCCAACUGAUUAUCACUCUGGGAGCAAACUCACCCUCCGUCAUGCACAAUCCGACAAAAGCCAUGGAACAUUUUACUCGCGCAUAUACUCCUCAAUUGAAGAAUUCCAUUUUCUGGCUAUUAAGCGCCUUACAAAAAGAUCAGGAACGCAACAUCGAUCUCUUCGUCACCGGCAUCUCCUCCCAGCUCAUAUCUACUUUUGACUCCGCCCUCCACCUCGAUGACGAACUCACCUCCGAUCUCAGCCGGGAGCUCGAAAAUGGGCGCCUCGUUCGCUUGCUUACCAAACUCAAUUUCAUCAAUGAACGUCCCGAAUACGACCACGACCCCCAAUGGGCCGAAAAUGGAGAGCGUUAUGUCCUCAAACUAUUUCGCGACUAUGUGUUUCACCAGAUUGACGCGCAAAAUCUACCGGUUGUCGACCUGGGGCAUGUACUUACCUGCCUGAACAAGUUGGAUGCAGGGACCGAAGAAAAGGUCACGCUGGUUAGUCGAGACGAGCAAAGUUGUUUUAUUGUUAGUUACAAGGAGUUGAAGAAGGCGGUGGAAUCAUCCUUCCAAGCGUUGACGAAACAUCCGAGGAGGGCCUAA